AGAAAAUUUACAGAAUUGUUUUUUUUAGAUCAGUCAAAUUUUGGUUUGUCAUCUUUCUACUGCGAAAAUGAUAUUAUCUUGUACAAAAAUGGCUUAUUUGAAAAAAACAGAGUGAAUAUGUGUAUUCUUUGCCAAAAAUACCAUAGCUCUCUUUCAAAAGAACAAAUACCGAAGUUUUCAGCUGCGAAUAACAUGUGGCUAGGUGAUAUAACGUAUUACAAGGGUUGACGAUUCCAGAAGAAAAAUUAAUAUCACUCUAUCGUCACAAUAGGUGUAUAAUAAAACUUCAAUCACCUUUUCAUUCAACUACAACUGCUCAAACAGCAUUGAAAGGAAAUUGUAUUACCUUCCUUCAAAAUGUACCAAAUAUUGUCAAUAGUUUGCCACUUACACUUGCUGAUCUUAGUGAUACACUUAAAGUAAUUUUUAUUGGAGCUCGGCCACCUGAUCGUCUUCAUCUUAAAAAAGUUUUGACAGUACGGAAGAAGAGAAUUAUUCAGGCAUUACAAUGGCUAAAAAAAUAUAAUAUACUUUAUCAAAACAUCAACAUAAAUCUUGAAAAUAUUGCUCAAUUACCAGAAGAUGAUGUACCCAAAUGCAUCAUGUCAACUUUAGAACAAAAGAUAGGUGAUGAAGAAGGUCAAUCUGAAAGAAUUGGAUAUGUUCCUGAUCCAUUAAUGAAUCCAAAAGAAUGCACUACUGCAGUUGUCAUAUCUAUCAGUAAUAGUGGUGUUCUUGAUGUUAAUGGCUCAUCAGUAUCAUCAGAUGAAAUUGUUAAUUACUUUUUACACAAAAUAAAAACAAAUGACCAAGCAGUUACUGAAAACGUUUACUUAAUUCCACAUUCAUCGAAAUCUGUCAAUGAAUAUUUCAAUCCAAAAUUAUUAACUGGUUUAUAUCCAACUUUAUUCUGUUAUGGACGAGGAGCACCUGAAGAUCAAUCACGUCCAAUUGAAAUCAAAUUUAAAGAACAUAUACGUUAUCUAUUAUCUUAUAAUGAUCGUCGCUUUGAAACAAAUCAUAGUUUCAUAUUUGUAGUUUUCAACUUAUUGCAACGACGUGAUGCUUGUUUUCAUGCUCAAUUAAUCGCAACAAAACCUUAUUUUCAAGCAUCAGCUAAUGAAAUCCAAUCAAUUAAUAGCAAAGAUAUUGAAAUGGCUCUGGACAACAAUUCCAAAAGAACAUACAAUACAGAAGCAAAUAGUGCAUUAAAUAAACUUCUACAACAUAUUAAAACUGUCGGUGGUCGAGUUAUGGGAUCAGCAUAUUCAAGAACAGCUUUACGUACUCGUAUACAUGCACUUAUUUUUAA